AUGAUCCUCUACAAUAUAUUUUUACACCCUUUACGGUGUUUCCCGGGACCAGUCUUAUUUCAAGCGACCGGGCUCAUGAAAGCAGGCCAUAUGGUUUCGGGGAAUCUGCAAUUCAAGGUCAAGUUGUUCCACGAUCAGUACGGCCCAGUGGUUCGGAUUGCCCCGAACGAGUUGAGCUUCAUCGAGCCCCAGGCGUGGAAAGACAAUUACGGACAUCGGACCGGAGGGGAGCUACCCAAGCAUUAUAGCCUUUAUCGUCUAGAUCAGUCUGCGCCGUGUAACAUCAUCUCAGCUGACCAAGAACAACACAGCAUCCUUCGACGUCUGCUGUCUCAUGGUUUCUCUGAGCGUUCUAUGCAGGCGCAGAUGCCUAUCAUCGGUGGUUACGUCGAUCUUUUGAUGCAAAGACUCCGAGGGAAUGCAGCCGAUGGAACAACGGUUGUGGACCUGAAUAGUUGGUUCAACUGGGUCACAUUUGACAUUAUCGGCAACCUUUCGUUUGGAUCCGACUUCAAGAAUUUGGGUGGUGCAGACUGGCACCCGUGGGUCAGAAUGAGCGCGAAGCAUAACAAAUUGAGUGCCAUACUGGCGUCACUGAGAGGCAUCGGACUUGGGGUGCUCGUGAGGUGGUUUGUUUAUAGUGGGUUACUUCCAACGCAAACAUAUCUAAACUAUAUUGAGCAACAGGUUCGCCGGCGGAUAGACGCCGGUGACCAACGGCCAGACUUCAUUGAGGGUCUGGUACAAAGGAAAAACGACUUGUCCGCACAUGAAAUAGCAGCCAACGCUGAGGCCCUUAUAGGGGCCGGAUCAGAAUCAACAGCAACUCUGCUAUCUGGGGUGGUAUUUUCCCUACUGACGCAUCCCAAAUGCCUGCAAAAGGUGAUAGAAGAGGUGCGGUCCCAGUUCAGGAAUGAGCAAGAGAUCACCUUGACCUCGGUCCAGCGCCUUGAUUAUAUGCUUGCGUGCCUGAACGAGACCUUUCGCUACUAUCCCCCUGUUACAAACGGCAUGCCCAGGUGCACCCCUAAAGGGGGAGCGGUGAUCUGCGGGCGCCACGUCCCGGAGGAUACAGUGGUAGCUAUUUGGCAAUGGGCCAUCUGCCAUGAUCCUGGCCUUUGGACGGAUCCAGACGGGUUUCAUCCCGAGAGGUUUCUCGGCCAUCCUAAGUUUGCCGAUGAUCGGCUCGAUGCCCUGCAGCCAUUCAGUGUUGGUGCAAGGAAUUGCAUUGGCAGAAACCUUACUUACGCCGAGAUCCGUUUGAUUCUCGCUCGCCUUGUCUACAAUUUUGACCUCGAAUUGUGCGAAACCAGCAAGGAUUGGAUCGGUGUCCAAAAGGCGUACCUCGUCUGGGAUCCGCCCAGUUUGAAUGUCCGUUUGGUGCCUGCUGUCCGAUGAUAUUAGAUUGAAAACUGUAGGCUCCACCACGACAGUGGAUUUCUAUUUACC